AUGCAAGAAGAUUACGGAGACGUAAUAAGAUUCUGGCUGGGGCCUGAUCUCAACUUUGUUAUUGGCUCUCCUGAUGAACUCAAGAUUCUUCUUACAAAUACUAAACUUAGUUGCAAAGGGCCACAAUACAAGUAUAUGACAGAUAUUAUAGGCGGAGGCAUUUUGAGUGGUUCAGGUCCGGAAUGGAGGAGACAUCGCAAAAUCGCUAACCCGAACUAUGGCAAACGGGCUAUAGAACACUACGGUCAGAUCUUCAAUCACGAGGUGGACUUACUCAUGGAAGAGCUCAGGAAAAAGCCUAUGAAUGUCGAGUUUGAUAUUUACAAAGACAUCGUCAAAACCACUAGCUAUUCAGUGUGCCGGAGUCUCAUGGGUUUAACUAAGGAGCAAACUAUGAGUCUGCCGGGCUUACAAGAACUAAUUGAUCAGACACCAUAG